CCCUUCAUCACUUUCUCUCUCUAUCUAUCACUUUUAUCCUUCUCUCUCCUUCUCUACGCGAUCUCUUUCAUUCGCUCUAAAUUCCGAAAUUUUCACAACAAAUCACUGCAAGAUCAUUCUCCAUUCCUUGCAUUUUGGGGUUUUCUGGGUCUUUUUCUUGUUCUCGCUGUGCUCUGAACGGUUCAGGAAAUUUUCUCACUCAGAUUUGAGCUGAAUAUUACACUGUGGGGGGCUUCAGUUCAGAUUCCUGGACUUGUUUAACUGAAUUUUCCUAUGCUGCAGGUUUAAUGCAAUAAUUUCCAAUAACUAAUUUCUGUCUCUCGCCCUAAAGUUACUGCUUUCGGAACUUGUCAGCACUCUAUUUGUGUUAAGGCUUAUGGCUGGAUCAUGAUAUUUAGAACUAUGGUCACUGAUGUGACAUGAUAGAUUUUUUUGAACUAUUAUUUUUGGGAUCCUUUUGAGAAACUUGCUUGACAUCUCAACAUAACAAAUAUGCCUAUACGGUGGGCAAAUCCGUUCUCAAAUUCAAAAGAAACCAAGAAGAAAGCAAGUAAGGAAAGUUUUAUUGGCACACUGCAUCGGAAAUUUAAAACACCAUCUGAAGGUAGAUUAGGCAGUAGAUCUGGAGGUCCCGGUAGACGCUGCAAUGACACAAUUUCAGAGAUGGGGGAUCGUUCUCCAGCUGAAUCAAGAUCUCCUUCGCCUUCCAAAGUGGCAAGAUGUCAAAGUUUCGCUGAAAGGCCUCAUGCUCAGCCAUUACCACUUCCUGGUCUUCACCCUUCAAGUAUAGGCCGAGUAGAUUCUGAAAUUAGCAUAUCAUCAAAAUCAAGACUGGAAAAGAGCUCCAAGCCAUCAUUCCUUCCACUUCCAAGACCUGCAUGUAUGCGAGGAAGGACAAAUCCUUCAGAUUUGGAUGGAGAUAUGGUUGCUUCAAUCUCCAGUGAUGGUUCUGCUGAUAGUGAUGACCAAACAGAGUCACGCAACCGUAGUCCUUUGGCAACUGACACCGAUACUGGGACUAGAACGGCUGCCGAGAGUCCUUCCAGCAUGAUGCUCAAGGAUCAACCAUCUGUUGUCUCCCAACUAAAUUCAAGAGAAGCCAAAAAACCAGUGAACAUUCUAAGUAAUCAUAUGUCUUCAACUUCACCAAAACAGAGGCCUUUAAGGAACCAUGUUCCAAAUCUGCAAGUUCCCCCUCAUGGUGCCUUCUAUAGUGCUCCAGACAGUUCCUUGUCAAGCCCAUCGAGAAGCCCGUUGAGAGCGUUUGGCACAGAUCAGGUGUUGAACUCUGCCUUCUCGGCUGGAAAGCCAUACCCUGAGUUCAAUUUAGCCGGUUCUGGCCACUGCUCUAGUCCAGGUUCCGGUCACAAUUCUGGGCACAAUUCAAUGGGUGGGGACAUGUCAGGACAGUUAUUUUGGCAACCAAGCAGGGGUAGCCCUGAGUAUUCUCCAGUUCCUAGUCCCAGAAUGACUAGUCCUGGUCCUAGCUCUAGAAUUCAGAGUGGAGCCGUCACACCUAUUCAUCCUAGAGCUGGGGGAACACCCACUGAAUCACAGACAAGCUGGGCUGAUGAUGGAAAACAACAGAGUCAUCGUUUGCCACUUCCUCCUUUGACAAUUACCAAUUCCUCGCCUUUCUCUCAUUCCAAUUCUGCAGCAACUUCUCCAUCCAUGCCAAGAAGUCCAGCUAGAGCGGAAAAUCCAGUGAGCCCUGGCUCACGUUGGAAAAAAGGAAAGCUGAUUGGCAGAGGCACAUUUGGACAUGUCUACGUCGGCUUCAAUAAUGAUAGUGGUGAAAUGUGUGCAAUGAAGGAGGUUACCCUGUUUUCAGAUGAUGCCAAGUCUUUAGAGAGCGCUAAACAAUUAAUGCAGGAAAUUUCUUUAUUAAGUCGGCUUCGGCAUCCAAAUAUUGUGCAGUAUUAUGGUUCUGAAACGGUAGAUGACAAGCUUUACAUAUACUUGGAGUAUGUAUCUGGAGGCUCCAUAUAUAAACUUCUUCAAGAAUAUGGACAGUUUGGUGAACUAGCUAUUCGUAAUUAUACUCAACAAAUUUUGUCAGGGCUUGCUUAUCUGCAUGCUAAGAAUACUGUCCACAGGGACAUCAAGGGUGCAAAUAUACUUGUAGAUCCAAACGGCCGGGUCAAGUUGGCAGAUUUUGGCAUGGCAAAACAUAUAAAAGGGCAAUCAUGUCCAUUGUCAAUCAAGGGAAGCCCUUAUUGGAUGGCUCCUGAGGUUAUAAAGAACACUAGUGGAUGCAACCUUGCUGUGGAUAUAUGGAGUCUUGGAUGCACAGUUUUGGAAAUGGCUACAACCAAGCCCCCUUGGAGUCAAUACGAAGGGGUUGCUGCCAUGUUCAAGAUAGGUAAUAGCAAGGAACUCCCAAAAAUCCCAGAUCACCUCUCAAAUGAAGGAAAAGAUUUUGUAAGGAGAUGUCUACAACGUGAUCCACAUGAUCGACCUUCAGCCAGUGAAUUGUUGGAGCAUGCUUUUGUGAAGUGUGCUGCACCUUUAGAAAGACCUAUUCUGGGUCCUGACGCAUCAGACCCUCAUCCUGCAAUUACACAGGGAACAAAAACUCUGGGUAUUGGACAAGGAAGGAAUCUUUCUAUCUUGGAUUCAGAUAGACUUGCUGUCCAUUCUUCUAGGGCCUUGAAAACUAAUCCUCAUGGAAGCGACAUCCAUAUUCCAAGAAACAUAUCUUGCCCUGUCUCUCCCAUUGGAAGUCCACUUUUGAGGUCAAGAUCACCACAGCACAUGAAUGGAAGAAUGUCACCUUCUCCAAUAUCUAGUCCACGGACUGCUUCUGGUGCAUCAACGCCUCUCACAGGUGGCAACGGUGCCAUUCCAUUCAGCAACCAAUUAAAACAGUCAGUUUACUUUCAAGAGGGUCUUGUAAGCAUGCCCAAGUCCCCAAAUGGUGUCUACAUCAGUGGCUCUGCACAUAAUGACUCAAAUGUUGACAUUUUUCGUGGAAUGCAAAUGGGGUCUCACAUUACCUCAGAACUAGUUCCCAGUGAAAAUGAUAUUCUGGGUAAGCAGUUCACAAGGCCAUCUCAUCCUGAGCCAUAUGAUUUUCAAUCAGUCUUGGCGGAUCGUGUUGGCCGGCAGCUGCUGCGGGACCACGUGAAGAUUAACCCAUCCCUUGAUCUAAAUCCCAACUCCACUUUGCUGAGCCGAGGAAAUGGUUUGUAAUAUCAGGAAUUAUCCUCGUCGACCCACUUAACCAAGCAGUGCAUGAAAUUUCUAAGAAUACUUUUGGUGUACAAAUAAGAAGCCAAAAGCACAAGAGAAUUUUUGUAAAUAAAAUUGGACUCGGGAGUAGACUGAAAAUUGGGGCACAAAAGUUCAUUUUGCAUGGCUUCAGGCUCAGGUUUCUGGAAUUCAACCCUCAGAUAUGCAUUGCCAACACAGUAACAGCAUGAAAACUUCUGACAUCUGAUUUCUCAAUAUCAACUUACCAAAGUGCUCGAUUCAUUGGCUGAGAGGAACUUGUAGUUUUUUGUAUAACACGAGAUGCAGCAUCAAGCUUGAGCAGCCAGGAGCUUGGAUUUCUCUUCUGCACUUAGACACUAGAAAUGACAGCGUUCAUGCAUGACAAAUGUAUCUUUUGGAACUUCCAAGAAAAAGAAAAAGAAAGGUUGAAUUGAUACAAAACUUAACUUGUAGACUAUUUUUUGUUGUACAGAUGAUGGGAAAGUGUAUUGUGAUUAUGCAUUUAAUUGAAGAAGAGAAAGUCAAGGAUUUGUAAAGCACUGAGCACAUGUUUUAUUGCAGCCUCAAUUGUCAUCUGGAUCUGUUGUAUAAAUUAUUACUCACAGAAAUUGAAAUCUUAGUAUGUGAUUAUGGGUUGGGGUGUUGCACUCGAAACUGUAUACAUUCCAACUCAGACACCUCUCUCACCUUGCUUACCUGGCUGUUUCUAG